AAUGAUGGUUCUCUAGUGGAGGAGAUCCAACAGUUCCUGAGGUCAGGACGUCUCUCCACAGAUAAACUGUCUCCUGCUCAGUGGUCUGCUCUGGUCUUCAUCUUACUGUCAUCAGAAGAAGAUCUGGAAGAGUUUGACCUGAAGAAAUACUCUCAUUCAGAGGAGGGUCUUCUGAGGCUGCUGCCAGUGAUCAAAGCCUCCAACAAAUCUCUACUGAGUCGCUGUAAUCUGUCAGAGAGAAGCUGUGCAGCUCUGUCUUCAGUUCUCAGCUCUCAGUCCUCCAGACUCAGAAAUCUGGAUCUGAGUUUCAACAAGCUGCAGGAUUCAGGAGUGAAGCUUCUGUCUGCUGGACUGGAGAGUCCACACUGUAAACUGGAGAGUCUCAGGUUGAUGAACUGCAGUUUGUCAGAAAUCAGCUGUGAAGUUCUGGUCGCAUCUUUGAAGUCCAACCUAUCCAACCUGACAGAACUGGACCUGAGCUGGAACAAGAACUUCCAGGAUUCCGGAUUUCUUCAUCUGUGUAGUUUUCUAGAGCUGCCAGACUGCAGACUGCAGACUCUGAGGUUGAUGAACUGCAGUUUGUCAGAAAUCAGCUGUGAAGUUCUGGUCUCAUCUUUGAAGUCCAACCCAUCCAACCUGACAGAACUGGACCUGAGCUGGAACAAGAACUUCCAGGAUUCCGGAUUUCUUCAUCUGUGUAGUUUUCUAGAGCUGUCAGACUGCAAACUGCAUACUCUGAGGUUGAUGAACUGCAGUUUGUCAAACAACAUCUGGAAACCUCUGAUUUCAGCUCUAAAGUCCAACCCGUCCAAUCUGGUAGAACUUGAUCUCAGGUGGAACAGAGACCUGCAGGAUUCAGGAUUUCCUCAUUUGUUUCUUUUUGGUUUUCUGGAGAGUCCAGACUACAGACUUCAGACUCUGAAGUAAGAAUCCAUGUUUGAGUUUUGUUCAUGUCAAUAUGAUGACAAAGUUGUGUUGACACUAAAGUGCAGACAUGAGGAAGAUGUUCUCCUGCUGCAUGCUGACCAUCUUCAAGCUGAAGGCUGUUGACCUUCAGGCAGAGUUCUUCAUGUUGGAGAAAGCUUGAAUUGAAUUUGCAGCAUCUGUGUUGCUGUCAUAGUUUGAUUGUCUGACAGAAAUGAUCUUCAUGAAUCGGUGAGCAGAAAUGUCCACAUUCUGAAUCAGAUCUGCAGCAGCAUCUUCCCGCAGCUGCUUGUUCUCU